GUUGGGCCGCGCCGCAGCCGCUUCGGGGAUUCUGGAAGCCAGCCUAGCAUGACGUCAAUUACAAAGAAGCCAGAAAUUUAAAGAGUAAAAUGCUUACUUCUGCCGUUCUUGUGGCUGUACUCAAAAUUACGACUUGUUUCUCUUUGCAAUUCCCAUCUCAUUUGUCAGAUACUUCAGGAACGUUCACCGCAAGAUCACAUGGGCAGUCACAGGAGAAUACGAUCGUAAUUCAAAGCAAAGCUUACAAUGUCACAAGCGCUCCACAGAACGAUUCCACAGAAACCUCUGUAAAGAAAAAUGUUUACGUACGAGUAGAGGACUCGGAGGAAAACCUGACAGAACCAAAAUCACCUUAUGCCAUAGACUGUGGGGACGACAAGGCUUGUUUGGAAGCACAUGGACUGGACACACCGACUUUCAAACCUUACUCUCAAGAAGAACUGGAGAAAUUCCUCUCACAAUAUGCUGAGAGUCACAAAACACCAAUGGAUGCUUCCAACAAACUAGCAAAUCUGUACAUGGACGAUGAAGAAGCUGUUAUCAACGUGUUGGAGUCGAAUCCAAAAAGUAAUAAGGAUACACAUUACAGUAAUGACAAUAAUGAACAAGACAAGUCUAAAUCUGCAUCGUGGCAUUUGCUGCAAGCGCAGAAACAUAAUCAUCCGUAUGAUGACCACAAGGGUUGGGUGACGUUGGAGCCAGUGCCUUGGGCUCAGAGUCAGAUUCAGAAAUGGGAGCCGAACGCUAAGCCUCAGAUACCUUCGUGGGAGCCGCCUCAUCAUCGACCAUCUAGCCACUGGGACGCCCAAGGUCCUCCUCCAUCUCAUGACUACUCCACAGAAAGGCCUUGGAAUAAACCUUCCUACGAGUAUAAACCCUCAAGACCACAGUGGAAUGAGUGGUCUAGACCUAACGAUUUCCCUGAAAGACCGACCCCUGGGUGGGGUGGCAAUCCUGAUAUCAUCACAGACAAUCGCCCCGGCUACUUUCCAGGCACACAUCCUAGUCAGCGUCCUUGGUUCGACCAGGAACCUUACAGCUCUAACCGACCAUCUCAGGUGUAUGAGCAAAGGCCUGUUCACGCUCCAUAUCCUCACCAUCCCCCGACCCAUCCAGCUGAAGGAGAUGGACAAUGGGUGCUUCUCUCUAGCACUAAGGGCUACUCUCUACCUCAUCGCAACAGGGGCGGCUAUCAGCGAGCCCUCACAUUUGAUGCUAAAGCACCAACGGCCUCAAUGUCAUCGCAUCGGACUGUGCGACUGACAGUGCUACCAGCUGAUAACUCAACCAACACCACAUUAUCCCACGGAGGACUGUUGGAGGUGGAGAGCACGCUACAAACAGUGGAGGAGGCGCAGAGGGAACACGCUGCUAAGAUGCUCAAACUCAAAACACUUUCGCCUGAACAGGUCAAAGCUACCACGUCCGCACCAGUGGCUAGUCGUCGCUCCGUAGACGAGAUCAAAGUUUUCUCUGCUUCGCCGAGCUCCAUGCAGAGCAAAACCGCUGUUUUGGCAGCCAUUGGUGCAGGAAUGAUCCCAGCCACCAUGGCCAUGCUGCUUCCCAUGGUCCUGGGUAGACGGAAGAGAAGCACUGAAAGUGAAGUGAAUAAAACUUUGGAGGAAAACAUGUUUUUGAGACACAGAGCUAGAUCUUUCUAGAGUGUAUAUAAUAUGUUCAACUAUUUAUGGCUGUAAAUAUGUAGUUUUAAGGUAUGCAAAAUUGACUUUAAAAUAGUACAAUUAAUUCUUAUGUAAAUGUAAAUAUUUAAUUUAUUGUUUUUAUUGUGGUUUUUAAGUGAAUUGAUGUAACAACCAGAAACCCGAAGUAUUGUGAAUAAAGGAUGUAAUGAAAUUUAAUAUUAUCUCAGGUACAAAUAUUUACAAAACUUCUUGAUUAGCAUUUUGCGUGUUGGAGAUACUAAAGGAAUACUUGUAUGAAUUUUAACACUAGAUUUUUUUACUGUUUUUAGGAUUUUGAAGUCAGACUGUAGAACUUGUAUGUGUUUAUAUGAAUUUAUGAAUGGUUGUAUGUAUGUUGUACUAAAAUUUAAUAUUGUAUUUAAUAUGUUAAUCAAUUUUUUUCGUGACACUUUAUUUUACUUUUGAUACAUAUUGGUUCAACAACUUCCUACUUACUGUAUUUUAUUCAGAUACCAAUUUUGAUCACUAUAGGCUAAAUUUAACUGACUUUGACAUUUAAAGUAAAAAAAAAAUUUUUUGAUAUGGACUUGGUAAAAUCAUCCAGUGUAUAUUAGAAGAGGCUAUGGUUAAGUUAAAAUAUUAUUUUAUUUUGAUUUGUAAACAAAUUAUAUCAGUUAAAUUUUGUGUGAAUGGCUGUAUUAUAUAAUACAGUACUGUAAAACAAUCCAAAUUUAGAGCUCAAUAUGUUAUUGUAGGUUAAGGAACAAUUAUAUAAGAAAUAUAAACUGUAA